GCGAUGCCUUCCUAUCCGACGUCAGUAUCUCUCAGAGCCUUGUUUUAAGCACUUCCGGCCCGCGGUCUUUUGUUUCCGGUGACGCAAACAAGUGAUAAAACGAGCAAGCUUACAAAGGGAACAAAAUGGCAAUCAAAGAAAAUUCCGAUAAAAGAGAUAAAAAAGGUCAUGGUGGAGUAAACCAACUCGGAGGUUGCUUUGUCAACGGUCGACCUCUACCUGAUGUUGUUCGACAGAGGAUUGUCGAGUUAGCCCACCAAGGAGUUCGACCCUGUGAUAUUAGCCGACAGCUCAGAGUCUCACAUGGCUGUGUUUCUAAAAUACUCUCUAGAUAUUAUGAAACUGGAAAUUUCAAAGCCGGGGUUAUCGGAGGAAGCAAACCAAAAGUUGCCACCCCUCAUGUAGUGAACGCAAUCGCAAAGUACAAGAGGGAGAACCCAACGAUGUUCGCUUGGGAGAUCAGGGACAGGUUGGUCACCGACGGGGUGUGUCGUAAAGACGGAGUGCCGAGUGUCUCGAGUAUAAACAGGAUUGUACGGAACCGAACUCUGAUGCGAGGAGUUGCAGAAGAUUUCUCAGAUAAUUCGGAGGAUUACAAACCUGAACUCCACAAUCAAAAUAUCUACUCCCCCACAUCAUACUCACCCUACUCCCCCUCAACAUACUCCCCCCAGGCACUCCCCUUCUCCCCCAACACCUCUUUCUCUCCCCAACCCAGCUCUCAGUCUCCCAACCCUCCUCAGUACUCUAAUCAGUCUCAGUAUCAACCCCAGUCUAAUCAAUCCAUGGUUUACUCUGAAAAGCAGAAUCAUUCGAUCAAUUAUUCAGAAAAACCGUCCCAGUCGAUCAGUUACUCGGAUAAACCGACUCACUCGAUCAAUUACUCGAUCAACAACCUGCUGAGCUUCAAGGAGAUGGAAUCCGGGUUGAAGACCGAGAUAGAGGAGGAGGAGAGGAUGAAGACUGAUAAACCUGCUGAAGGAUCUGCUCCUAUCCUUCUCUCGAGUAUCCUUGAACCCUUCCAGGAGAACAUGAUCAAUGUUCAACCCUACCACAUAGAUUCCUUCCAGCUCCUUCCUCCCCCUCCACAGUACUCGGAGAAGGGGAAUGAAUACCAUUACUACUUAGGUGGUUUAGAUGAGGAUGGGCAGAAAUAUGUAUCUCUGGAUCUCUCCACAAUGGAAGGAAAUGUUCCGGAAGUUCCGGUCCGAAUCCUUGAGCUUCCGGAACCAGGGUAUCAUGAUCUUCGUCCCGCCGUGAAGGAUUCAGAGCUUGACAGAAUAAUUUCUAUCCCACACUCUGACCAGCUUGCUAUAUCUGACUCUUAUUACGGGCUGAGCUCUUACUUCAAGGAUUACUCCUCUGCUCCCUACUAUUCUACAGCACAAACUCAGUAGAAAACUAGAUUCAGUAGAAACCCCGAAAUUUACAUUUUACAGCAUUAAAAUUUACACCUACUGAUUGGGCCCAAAUUAAAGCAAUUUAUGUAAAUAAGCGGCAAUCACGGCAAUUUCCCAAUUUCUUGAAUGCAAUCUGAUCUGACAAAGGACAAAUAAACCCACGGGCUGUAUCUAUCUAAUAUCUCAUGUAUAUUAUUGUAAAGUACAAUUCAAACUAUAAAAAGACAACAAAAUCGAGCUUUUUUCAAGGAUCGUUGCUUUGGGAUUUGAGCUUUAACCAUGGAUUGAGAACUUGAAUAAAUCACGCACCAAAGAAAAACCAAACAGGCAUGAAGGCUUCAAGGCCCUAGUGCCGCUUAUAUAUAGUGCUUUAUUGUGAUAAAAACAUUUAUUUAUCUAUAUGAUUGUAAAUAGACAACUUAAUUAAGUUUAUUAUUAAUGUUAAGCAAUGUUAAUCAAAUUUUUUAUUAUUUUGAAUCUGAUUGUUAUAAAAAAACUUAAUCUUAAUGCAAAUUUUAACCAUAUUAAAUCAAUUGAAUAAUCCCCAACCUUGUCUUUCUCAUUAGUGGAUGCCUACAUUUUAGUUUUAAUAAGUUCUUGCCACUUACUCUGAUUUAUAAACUUCUUUAUCUCUGCAGCCCGAGGUCGCAGAUUGUUCAUAUUAUAAACCAUGAAUUCUGUUUGAUCAAAUAAUCUAAGUUGAUUUGAAUAAUUUAACUUGAUAAGUUUUUGUCACACUUUUAACCAAUAAUUUCCAAUUAACAAUUUCUUGUCACAAAUUAAAGCAAUGAAUCCCAGUUGACUGUAAAUACUCUAGUGCAUGCUUGAAUACUUGUAAUUAUACGUAAUCAGUAUUAUGCUUAUUAUCAAAUAUAUGAUAUACGUCCAA